GGUGUUAUCUGCAUUGUCUUAGUCUGUCAGUAACACUCGCAGGAGAGCCAUCCAGCCACCCUCCACACAGGUAGGAAAGGUGUAUCAGAAUCUGAAAAGACUGCUGUCUCCCCUCCCAUAUACAACAUGGCUAUGAUACUUCAGCCUAUGCCUGAACCUGCGGUAGUAAUGGCAGAACCUCCACACAUGGUGGUAGCAGAUCCUUCGCUGCCUAUGAUGAUAGCAGACCCUUCUCCACCUUUGAUGGCAGUAGACGCUUCUCCACCUCUGAUGGCAGUAGACGCUUCUCCACCUAUGAUGGCAAUAGACCCUUCUCCACCUAUGAUGGCAAUAGACCAUGCUCCACCUAUGAUGGCAAUAGACCCUUCUCCACCUAUGAUGGCAAUAGACCAUUCUCCACCUAUGAUGGCAAUAGACCCUUCUCCACCUAUGAUGGCAAUAGACCAUGCUCCACCUAUGAUGGCAAUAGACCCUUCUCCACCUAUGAUGGCAAUAGACCCUUCUCCACCUAUGAUGGCAAUAGACCCUUCUCCACCUAUGAUGGCAGUACACCCUUCUCCAUCUAUGAUGGCAAUAGACCCUUCUCCACCUAUGAUGGCAGUACACCCUUCUCAACCUAUGAUGGCAAUAGACCCUUCUCCACCUAUGAUGGCAGUACACCCUUCUCCACCUAUGAUGGCAAUAGACCCUUCUCCACCUAUGAUGGCUGUACACCCUUCUCCACCUAUGAUGGUAGCAAAUUCUAAUCAACCUAUGAUGGUUGCAGACUCUUCUCCUCCUAGAGUGAUCCAGCCUGUACCAGUGGCGCAGCAGAUCCCCAGCCCUGUUGUGAUGCAGCCCCACCUGAAAGAUAUACCUGGGAGGAUGAGGUGUCCAUUUUGCCAGCAAGAAAUUACCACAGUCACCAAACCUAUCACUGGAGUUCUUACCUGGACUAUCUUUGGAACCCUCUUAGUCUGCGGGAUCUGGCCGUUCUGCCUGAUUCCAUUCUUUGUAAAACCCUGCAAGGACAUAGAACACAGCUGUCCCAGCUGCCAGAACGUUGUCCACAUUCACAAACGCAUGUGAGAAUCUCCAGACAAGAGAACCUGAAGAACCUACAGAAGCUUAUUAGCUGCCAUAUGAAAUGGUGGUCUCUCAGCAACAAAAAUACUAAAGCACUAUUUUUUCUAUUUACUGUUUUCACUAUGAAGUUUUAUAAGGUCUUGAAAAUAUUCAUGCCUUGUCUGACUUUGGCGCCUAGCCACAAGGCUACGGGUCGAAUCUGGAUGUUUUGCUUGGCUGCUCGCUGUAAACAGGUCGUAUAAGAUAAACAUGUAAGAGAAUGGUGUACAAUUGAGAAUAAUGCUGACUAAUGCUUACUGCCAUGAAAGGAACGUAAGGGCGGGGGAAUGACAGAAGGGUAUAAGAAGCACAACACACAGCUAGGAAAGAUCUAGGAAAGGGAGAGAGAAUUAAAAAUCGCUUUUUAAUAAACUUGUUACUCACUUUGAUAAAGACUCAGAGGCUCAUAUUCCUUUUUUGUCACGAUUUCCACCACACAGGCUACGUUCAUACAGCAGGUAAAAGUGUCUAAAAUCCAUUUUUUUGUCAGGCUGCUCACAAUACCUUUUUAACAUGACCUGUAUCAACAUGGCUCUGAUCAGAUCACUUUCCUAAACUGACCUGCAUGCACAAAAGAACAAUGCAUCACAUGGAACAAUGGCUUUAUUGUCCUAUGGCCGUGUUUGGGCUUUUUUUUUUUUUAAUUUCUUGGAACGAUUGUGAUAAGUGGUUUCUAAUCUUGAUUGUACAGAAACAUCAUCCCAUGUUUAUGAAGCCUGUUACCUCACUAUCUCACCACUGAAAUCCCCCAUACCAUUCCUUCUCUCUAGCACGAAAUUACUGCAAAUGUCAGGUUGGAUUGAUGUAAAAGUUGCAUGAAUUCUGAAUACACGGAAUUGUAUUGGCACAUA